CAUGUUGCAGUCCGGGCACAUUUACGAGAAACUCCAGAUAAAAAAGGGAACUAUCGCUGUCAUUUAAAUAGCGUCAAGCUAUGUUUUUCCACUGCGUUCGGUGGUGAAGAUCUUCCAGCAUGUAUGCUUCUGGAACAGAGAGUUUGAUCAAGCAAGCGAGAGAAAUUCAAGAGGAAGAGCUAGUGAAGUUCUAUGGCCGCAUAUCUAAACUUCUCCAUCUCAAAGACUAUGGAAAUGAGACGGUUGAUUCUUUGCAGAGGCUUCAUUUAAUAGUGUCAGCAACGAAGUAUGGACGGACGAUUCCGUCAGAUCUUCACAAGAAGCUUCAGGCGUUGCUGUGCUCGCCAAGCACCCCUGAGCAGCUCCAGGUUUUGUGUUCCUGUACGCUACGGGAGAGCCUGCCCAUCUGUAUCAGCAGCCUGUCGACAGAGGACAUCCAAGACAGCCGGACCAUCAGCUAUGUGGCAGCUGUCAUUCUUGCACAGGCGGGACACAAAAAUGACCUCAGCCCCCUCAGUAACCAGCUCCUGAAGAGCCUGGAGUGCCGGCAGCCGGAGAGCCAGAUAUCCAGACACGUGCUUCCUAUUCUCUCCAAAGUCAUCAGCUUCUCUCCCGAAAGUCUGACUGAAGAUCACAUCAACCUGGUCAACAGGAAGCUGGUGGAUUGGCUGCGGUAUGCCAGUGUCCAGCAGGGGGCGUCCAUGUCCGCUGGAGGGUUUUUCACAGGACCCAGAUCUCGACAGCCUGCUCCUCUGACGGAGGUGGACGGGGCAGUUGCCGGAGACUUCUUCACCGUGCUGUGUGUGGGGCAGAGCUACACGGAGGACCAGUGGAUGAACAUGUACGCCUUCUCAAUGAUCAGGAAGUGGCUGCUGACCUACGACACGGAGGGAACAGGCAACGCGGACUCAGCUCAACUUAAGAGAGCGCAGUUCAUGCAUUCGCAGUCGCAAGAUGACAGGUCGGAGGUGGACGGGUCGGUGAUGUCCAUGGUUUCGGCCACGUCGUCGUCCAGUCGCCUGCUCCCGCCCAAAGAGCGCCUGAGGGAGAAGGCCUUUGAGUACUGCCACCGGAUCAUCGAGCAGAGCGACCGCAAGGCCCUGAAGAAGGCAGAUACGGAGCUGCAGAAAGCUUGCCUUGUGGAGGCGGUGACGGUCAUGGACAUCAUCUGCAAGGAGGACCCGUCCUUCGUGUACCGGGCGUUCCCCUGCGUCAAGGCCCUGUACGGCCGCCUGAGCGGGGACCUGGCCUUCGCCCGCGCCGUGCUCCCCAUCGCGCAGUUCUACCUCAACCACAGCGAGACGGCGGCGGUGGACUCUGAGGCGGUGUUCCGGCAGCUCCUCUCGCAGUUCCCCGGAGAGCUCUUCAACGAGCCCCUGCUGGCCUUCGAGUUCACCCAGUUCUGCCGUGCCAACGUGGGCGUGCUGCAGGAGGGCGUGGCCCUCUACCGGCAGAGCUUCCCCAACCUGUUCAAGUACCUGGCCUGGAACAGCCCGGCCCUGAUCUCCGAGUAUAUGGAGCUCCUGCCCUCCCUGCUGUGUCCUGAGACGGCCAUCGAGGUCCUGCACACCCUGCUGGACCUGCCAUGCCUGGCUGCAGCCCUGGACCUCCAGCUCAGGUCGGCUUCUCUCCUGGCCCCUGACAGGACCCUGUGGGACCAGGGGCCCAAGGUGGCCAGCUCUCUGGAGGCCUUCCGGCAGCCCUUCUACAGGGGCAUGUUCCUGUACAUACUGCGCCCGGAGGCCGGGACGGGAGACACCAUCGACAGGUUGGGCGUGCUCCACGAGGUCCUGGCGGACAUGGCGGACAGCCCGCGCGCCGUGCAGUGCGCCCAGACCGUCCCCGUACUCCUGCACCUCUUCUUCAACACCGUCGUCCAGUUUGCAGACAAGAAGCUCAUUAACCAGCUGGUACUCAUCCUGUUGGAGAGGAGCGGUCUGCUCUUUAACGUUCGCAACUACAAGGCCGAGGUGCAGAGAGUGUUCAGCUCCCACUUGCUGGUCUUGUGCAAGCUCCACCCAUCUCUCAUAGUGGAACAGUCCAGGGAGCUGCUAGACUUCACUUGCACCACUGCCAACAUAUACAGCAAAGAGGACCUCUACAUUCACAUGGUGUGGGUGAUCGGGGAGUACCUCUCGGUCUCCCAUGAUGCUCGCUGCACGGUGGAGCAGAUCACCUCGUUCUUCGAGACCUUGGAGGCGGUGCUGUUUGAGAUCACGCAGGUGCGCCAGCUGGCCAGCCCCCCCCGCUACUCGCCGCGGGUCAUCACCGUGCUCAUGACCACGCUGGCCAAGCUGGCGUCCCGCAGCCAGGACCUCAUCCCCAGGGUGUCCCUGUUCCUGUCCAAGAUGCGCUCGUUUGCACGUAGCCCCACGGUUGUCUCCUACUACAGCGAGGAGGACCUGGAGGAGAUCCUCACCCGUGCCCACGAGCUCAUCAACCUGCUCAAGCUGCCCAGCGUGGCCCAGUUUGUCCUGGCGCCCUCUGCCCGAGGGGACAGCCCCCGCUGGCACCGCGACACCAACGCCUCCCUGCCGCUCUCCAUGAGGACCAUCAGCAGUCUGCUGCAUAAACACAGCAGCUUCCAGCACUGCUGAGCGUAGCGUGCUAAUGUACAACCUCAUCCAGCACUGCUGAGCGUAGCGUGCUAAUGUACAACCUCAUCCAGCACUGCUGAGCGUAGCACGCUAACGUAAAAUCUCACCCAGCACUGCUGAAUGUAGCGCGCUAAUGUACAACCUCAUCCAGCACUGCUGAGCGUAGCACGCUAACGUACAACCUCAUCCAGCACUGCUGAAUGUAGCGCGCUAAUGUAAAACCUCAUUCAGCACUGCUGAGCGUAGCAGGCUAAUGUACAACCUCAUCCAGCACUGCUGAGCGUAGCGCGCUAACGUACAACCUCACCCAGCACUGCUGAGUGUAGCGUGCUAAUAUACAACCUCACCCAGCACUGCUGAGCGUAGCGCGCUAACGUACAACCUCACCCAGCACUGCUGAGUGUAGCGCGCUAAUGUACAACCUCAUUCAGCACUGCUGAGCGUAGCGCGCUAAUGUACAACCUCACCCAGCACUGCUGAGCGUAGCGCACUAAUGUACAACCUCACCCAGCACUGCUGAAUGUAGCGCGCUAAUGUACAACCUCACUUUGUUCUGGUCAAACCAGAUUGCUAUAGGGAGGACAGAUUGUGGGAAAUUGCGCAAUGCUGUAGCGAAGCAUUUAUCCAUGACUACAUUUGGGUGCAUUUACUGCUGGAGGCUGAUAGCUUAUGCAGGAUAAAUGCUUUGUGAUUUAUGAUUCAAGACCUGAAUCAUCAAGAUUUUGGGAUAAAUCAAUAUUUAAGGUUGUCGAAUGAGAUUUUCUAUAUUUGAUCAUUUGUUUUCUUGUGUGGGGAGAAAUAUUGACAGUUUCAGCCACGGUGGGGUUUACGAGUCAAGACACAUUUUGAAGAAAAUCACUGGAUUCAGUUGAAUGGAAAAUGUAAUAAGAUGCCUUAUCACACGUUCAGGUCCUUUUUUUCCACACUUGCACUGAUCUGCCAUUUCUCAAAAGUAAAAAAAAUAGAAAGCAAUAAAAAGGUGCAUUGUUUCAGUGGUUGGACAGAAGACAUUAGUGGCAAUCGAACUGUGGAUGUAUCAAAACAUUCCUGAUGUAGCAUUAUGGCCACAUGUCAGGUUUUCUGACCACAGAGUAAAGUUUUGUAAGUUUUUCAGACUGUGACCAGUAGAAUAUUUGUAGGUCUGUUCAGUUUCAGUCACUUGUCUCCACCUGCGGAGUCAUAAUAUCUGUGUUCAUCUUGGUGUAAUGAAAGAUCUUUUCUAUGUACAGUACUAACAAGAAUAAAUUCUCAAACAUGAA